AACACCCUCUCCAAACUUCACUCUCUCUCUACCCCUCCACAUUCUCUCUCUCUCUCUCUCUCUCUCUACUCUGAGAUUUUGUGUGUGUAUGUUUGAGGUCUGAGUUUCAGGUUCUAUGGAGGUCUACAAGGAUCAGAAAAUGGAAGACGAGUAUGCUAGGCUUAUUAGGAGAAUGAACUCUCCAAGGGCUUUCAUUGAUAAUGAAACUUGUGAUCAUGCUACUGUUAUUGAGGUUGUUAGUGAUAAUAGACAGGGAAGUCUUCUUGAAGUUGUUCAAUUGCUUACAGACCUGAAACUGAUUAUAACGAAAGCUUACUUUUCCUCUGAUGGAGGAUGGUUAAUGGAUGUUUUUAAUGUGACCGACUGUCAUGGGAACAAGAUUAGAGAUGAAGGAAUCCUCAAAUAUAUGAAGAAGACUCUUGAAACUGAUGUCUGUUUCUUGAAGUCGAAUCGAGGUUCAUUCGGUUUAAUGCCCAUCAAAGAUCAUACUACACUUGAAUUGAUUGGCACAGACAGACCUGGUUUGCUAUCUGAAGUAUCUGCAGUGCUAACAGAUCUUAAAUGCAAUGUGGUGAAUGCUGAAAUAUGGACACACAAUGCUAGAGCUGCGGCUAUUAUUCAUGUCACAGACCAAUUAACUGGAAAUGCAAUUGAAGACCCAAAAAGGCUGUGUUUGAUCAAGAAUCUGCUAGGCAAUGUCCUCAAAGGCAACAACAAUACUAGGACCCCGAAAAUAAUGAUUUCUUCAUCCGGGUCAUCACAUGCAGGUCAAAGAUUGCAUCGGUUGAUGUUUUCUGAUAGGGAUUUUGAGAAGGAAGAAGGUGUCAAUGACAAGAAUUCAAGAACUCAUGUCUGCGUAUUAGACUGCAAUGACAGAGACUAUACGGUUGUUACCGUGAGGUCCAAGGACCGAUCAAACCUUUUGUUUGAUACUUUGUGCUCUCUAACAGAUAUGCAAUAUGUGGUAUUCCAUGGUACUGUCAUCACAGGAAGAAGGGAAGCUUACCAGGAAUACUAUAUAAGACAUAUUGAUGGACUUCCUUUGGGUUCCGAAGCUGAACGACAACGAGUAAUAGAAUGCCUAGAAGCAGCCAUAGAGAGACGGGCCACUGAGGGACUAGAACUAGAAUUGUGCACAAGCGACAGGCUUGGACUCCUUUCGGAUGUUACAAGGAUAUUUCGUGAGAACGGUUUGUACAUAAAACGUGCAGAAAUCUCAACAAAAAGUGGGAAAGCCAAAGAUACUUUUUUGGUUAGUGAUGUUUCAGGAAACCCUGUAGAACCCAAAAUUGUUGAUUUGGUUAAGGAACAGGUAGGACAAAGCAUAUUGCAGGUGAAACAUCAGUUUAACAUGGCUCCGGAAAGACACCAGGAGGAGGGAACCACAAGAAGUUUCCUCUUCGGGAACUUUUUCAAAGGUCGAAGUUUCCAAAGUUUCUAAACUCAGCGACCCUACUCUUUUUAGUUUAUUGGCUUAUGUUCUUUCUGGGAAGGAACAUUAAAGACAACAAAAGAAAAAAGUAAAGUUCACAAGCAAUUGCGUGUUGGGAAAUGGGAUAUACAUCCCAAUCCAGAAUCAGAAUCAUUUCUUUGAGCCCUUUUAUGUAUAUAAACUAAAUUAUAUUUGUACUGUAGAAGUGGGUUCCAGUUUAGCAUCUAAACACCUGUAAAUAGGCUUUUAGGAGUUGUAUUGAUAAAUAAAGUACAGAGAAAUAGAAAUAUAAACUUUUGUAAAUAAUUUUCUGUUCUAA